AUGGAUACAAGGAAGUUAACUGAAAUUCUGAGUGCUACUAUAGAUCCUAAUCAAAGGCAACAAGCGGAAGAACAAUUGUCUCAGAUCCACAAAAUCAUUGGUUUUGCCCCAUCACUACUUCAAGUGGUUAUGUUAAAUGAAGUUGCUAAGCCAGUACGUCAGGCUGGAGUAGUAUAUUUAAAAAAUAUGAUUACCUCAGGGUGGCAUGAAAAGGAACCAGAGGAAGGGGAGCCUAUACCAUUCAGUAUACAUGAACAAGACAGAGCCAUGAUAAGAGAUAUGAUCACUGAAGCUAUUGUUCAGGCACCUGAACUAAUAAAAGUGCAACUAUGUGUUUGCCUGAAGACCAUUAUCAAACAUGAUUUUCCAGCAAAAUGGACACAGAUAGUGGACAAAAUACACAUUUACUUACAAAAUCCAGAGCCUAGCAAUUGGAUGGGUGCAUUAUUGUGUCUGUAUCAACUGAUCAAGAACUAUGAAUAUCACGUCUCAGACAAAAGAGCCCCACUCAACGAGGCAAUGAACUUGUUGCUACCUAUGAUGUACACUCUGAUCAUCACUUUACAACCUGAUCCAUCAAUGGAAUCAGUUCUUAUUCAGAAACAAAUAUUGAAGUGUUUUUAUUGCCUUGUUAAGUACACUUUAUCAUUAGAUUUGAUUACCAAAGAAGUGUUCACUAAAUGGAUGGAAGUUCUUAGACAAGUAAUGGAAAGGCCUGUACCAGAUCAUACACUAGAAGUUGAUGAAGAUGAAAGGAUAGAACUGCCAUGGUGGAAAUGUAAAAAAUGGGCAGUGCAUACAUUAUACAGAUUAUUUGAAAGAUAUGGAAGUCCAGUCAAUGCUCGUGUUGAAUAUGUAGAAUUUGCAGAUUGGUAUUUGACUACAUUUACGAGAGGCAUCUUAGAUGUAUUAUUUAGAGUUUUAGAUCAGUAUAGAAAUAAAGUUUAUGUGUCGCCUCGUGUGUUACAACAGACUAUCAGUUACAUUGAUCAAUGUGUAAGUCAUUCCUAUGCAUGGAAACUCCUCAAGCCUCACAUGUUUGCUAUUAUUCAAGAUGUGCUAUUUCCACUUAUGUCCUACUCUGAAGCAGAUGAAGAAUUAUGGUUUGAAGAUCCAUAUGAAUACAUAAGAAGUAGAUUUGAUAUAUUUGAAGAUUUCGUUUCACCAGUAACCGCUGCACAGAUUUUGUUAGGCUCCUGUUGUAAAAAGAGAAAAGAAAUGCUUGAGAAAACAAUGCACUUUUGUAUGCAAGUACUUGUAAACCAAGCAUAUGGUCCCAGGCAAAGAGAUGGUGCCUUACAUAUGGUGGGCACACUGAGUGACGUUUUGAUUAAAAAGAAAAUGUACAAGGAUGAAAUUGAUAAACUUCUGAGCCAAUACGUUUUCCCAGAAUUCAACAGUCCAUACGGGUAUAUGAGGGCAAGAGCUUGCUGGGUUCUUCACUGUUUUGCUAGCAUUAAUUUUAAGAGUGAGGCCCUCCUAGCUGAAGCUUUGCGGCUUGUAGUAAAUGCCCUUAUGACUAGUACCGAUUUACCCAUCAAAGUUGAAGCCGCUAUUGCUAUUCAAAUGUUAUUAUCAUCACAAGAUAGGGUCUAUAAAAUGUUUGAGCCGCAAGUGCAAGAAGUUACGGCUGAGUUGUUAAAUGUCAUUCGGGAAACAGAAAAUGACAAUAUAGCGAGUGUGUUGCAAAUAAUUGUUCCCAUCUACACUACGCAGUUAAUGCCAAUGGCUGUUGAAAUCACAGAUCACUUGGCGACUACAUUUAGUAAAGUAAUAGAAACCGAUUCCGGUACAGAUGAGAAAGCGAUCACUGCUAUGGGGCUGCUUAACACAAUGGAAAUUGUGAUUAAUGUCAUGGAGGAUAAUCCAGAAAUUAUGUCGCAAUUAGAACCUACCAUUUUACGCGUAAUUGGACAUAUAUUACAUCAUAAUGUUAUAGAGUACUAUGAGGAAGCAAUGUCACUCUUAACGAUUGUUACAUCGAAAACAAUUUCGGAAAAUAUGUGGAAAGUUCUAGAACUACUCUACACUGUGUUUGAAAAAGAAGGCUUUGAGUAUUUCACUGAUAUGAUGCCGGUUCUCUAUAAUUACGUCAUCGUGGAUACAAAUGCUUUUCUUUCCAAUGAGAACCACAUCUUGGCUAUGUUUAACAUGGCAAAAACAAUCUUAAAUUCCGACGCGGAAGACGAAUCUGAAGUAUAUGCAGCUAAACUCCUUGAGGUCAUGGUACUUCAAUGUUCUGGGAAGAUUGACAACUGUCUACCUUCGUUUGUGGAGCUGGUGUUGAAUAGAUUAACAAGGAAAGUCAACACAGUAGACUUGAGAAUUAUGUUGUUACAGGUGCUUAUAGCAAUAUUAUAUUGUAAUCCUCAACUGCUACUGAACAUUCUAAUGAAGCUGCAAGUCGCUGUGCCCAAUGCUUCAAUAACGCAGCAUUUUAUAAAACAGUGGAUACACGAUACUGAUUGUUUUGUGGGAUGCCACGAUCGGAAACUAUCGGUUCUCGGUAUAUGUACACUCCUAGAAAUGGGUCCACAGAGACCGAGCUUGGACGAGGUUCUUCCAAACAUUUUACCAUCAUGUUUAGUGCUUUUUGACGGAUUGAAGAAGGCAUACGAAGCUAAAGCCGAAGGUGAAGAGGAGAGUUCUUCAUCAGACGAUGACGAAGAGGAAGAUGGAGAGGUAUUGUCGACUGAUGAUGAUGACUUCGACCAAAUGAACAACGAGUAUCUGGAAAAUCUAUCUAGAAUGACUGCGAAGAAAGCUGCCGCUGAGGACAUUACAGUCACUACAAAGAUUUCAUAUGAAAGUGAUGAUAACGAUGAUGAAGAUUACAUGCCGGAUGAGUCUGCAAUUGAAUGCUAUGCAACUGUUCUGGACUCUAAGGACUGUCCAGAUGAUGAAUAUAUCAGAUUUAAAAAUACACUUUCAGCUUUAUCAACAAGCGAGCCGGCACUUUAUCAUGCUCUAACAAGUGUUCUGGAUGAGGCACAAAAGGAACAGUUGAAUGCUGUAUUUCUUCUUGCUGAUCAACGCAAGGCCCAACAAGAUAGCAAGCGCAUUGAACAGAGCGGUGGUUACUCCUUCACCGUACCAGCACAAGUACCAACAACUUUCAAAUUUGGAUCUUAA